AUGAGAUUUAUAUCCUUGAUGUUAUUUAAUAAAUCAUACGGCUCUAUGCUAAGAAUUUUGAUUUUAUUCGCACUCGUUUCAACACAUUUUAUCAAUUCUCAAGAAUGGUGUAAAGUAGCAUCAGAUGGUCCCGAAACGAGGUAUGAAGACAAUAGGUGUCAAAUUGCAAUUUACCUCAUUAAUUCACUUACACAUUUUCAGAUGGUGAAACUUAUUCGACAUAUUUCAUUGAUGGAGGAUAUUACCUUUAAAAUCGUUGGAGAAGGAAAACACACAAAUCCUAUAACGUUAGUCACCAAUAAUGGGACCAUAAGAAGGCAAUUGGUUGAGAGGCUUGAUGUGGGCGAGUUGCGCUCACUUGAGCUUAAACUGAACGACUCGAAUUGGUCCUGUGAAAAAAUUGUGAUAUACAAGGGCUCAAGGUUCUGGAUAUUUGACUGCAUUCCUUCGAGUUCCCUAAACAGUGACGAGCACGUAACAACAUAUCUUUUAUCCGGCAAUAAGAUGUACACUGUCAACGUUCAGACCGGUGGACAGAAGGAUGCCGGAAGCAGCGGAACCAUAGCAAUGACGUUGCUGGGAACAUCGGGGAGGACUAAUCAAAAAACGCUGUCAAACGCGUUUUACUCAGCAUCUUACUUAACAUUUCAGCUAAAAGGCCUAGACGUUGGUGAGGUCAAUGGACUCAUUCUUUCGAACGACGCAAUCAAUGACCCUUGGUACUGUGACAAUGUACGCGUGACUUACAAUGAGAUUGUUAAGUCGUUUCCUGUUAAGAGAUGGGUAGGAUACCCAUUUGAUCCGUCUGUGGAAAUAUCAACAGAAGAGUUAACAAGUAUCGCAAAUUUGAACGAGACCUCGCCGUUCGACAUAAUGUGUAACACGAGGGCAAUUGACAUAUAUUCCGGAGUUAUAAAUAAACCAUUUAAUAUAACGGUGCGCUGUCCUUUAAAUUGUCAAACUGACCCCUUAAUGGCCAUAGAAGGUUCAUCAUUGCAUCCGUCGUCUACAUCUAUCUGUGGAGCUUCUCUAUUUGAUGGAGUUAUAACAAACUCUGGAGGAGAGGUUGUCAUAUCCAUAGGCCAACCCGUUAGAAAAUAUUUUGGUGGCACUAGGAACAAUUUAAAAUCUGAGGAUUAUGAGCCUGCUGGAGAUUCAAACCUCUACAGUUUCUUUACCUUUUUGAAUGGUACUUUACCUCAAUUUAAACCGUGUUUAGAGAGUAUUGACAACAUAGACAAGACUGUUAGGCUGGUCGAUGGCUUCGGAAAACUCACUUCAUUUGGGAGGUUAGAAGUUUUCAGGAAUGGGCGUUGGGGAACCGUUUGUACUAAGGGGAAAAGGUCAAUGUUCAACAACCAGUCAGCGAAGUUGGUCUGUAACAACCUAGGGUUCAAAUACGGAAUCUAUAUAAAGGAAAAUUGCUCUAGCAUUAACAACCAGAAUUUGUGUGCGCCUCCUGGGUACCACGUCUCAUGUGCAGGGCUGGCGUGCCUGGGUGAGGAAAACGAUUUGAGCAACUGCAUCUUUGAAGAUCCAACGAUAGAUUGCAGGAACCACAAGGAAGACGUCGUUGUGAAGUGCACAAACUUCUCACCCACAUCCAAUCUUGAGUACGGGACUCUGCGGAUAGUUGAUUCGUCAGGAGCCACAUCUUCUACUGGAACCGGGCGUCUGGAGAUGUACAACAACGGUGAGGCCUAUUCGUUUAACUGGAUUUUAGGAUUCGGCACUGUGUGCAGUGAGUCUUGGACGAAGGACGCUGAGAAAAUAGCGUGCCUGGAAAUGGGAUAUACUGGGCUCAGAAACGGAGGGGCCUCUGAUAAAGCCUGUUCCGACUUUCACGGGCUUAACCUAUGUGGCCCAGUGCUCAAAAAGAUAGCUGCAAACGGCUUUAAGUGCAAUGGCGGUGAAUCGCAACUCAAGGACUGCGAACAUGAAUCCGGAGACGAUAUCUACUGCACUCACGAACAGGAUGUACUUGUGUCCUGUGAAGGGAACGGAGACCCGAGCGAAUUUAGAAAUUUUAAAAAGGUCGAACCCUUUGUGGCGCCGAUGAAAAAGUGGACUAAACUAAUAAAUUUGUCCUGCUACGACACACUGACAUCGCACUCAGAGUUCGAGGGCGAAUUCGGCUCAUAUAAGGUGGCCACCUGUCCAAUGGGAUGCAUGGAUGAACCGGCGUCGAUAAAAGGGACCUACGUUUACACUCGUGAUUCAUCAAUAUGCAAGGCGGCAAUACACUCGGGAGUACUUGAUAACAGCGGAGGAGAUAUCGUUGUGAUAAACGCCUACAGCCAACAGCACUUUUAUGGUACAACCAUGAAUGGCGUACAAAGCAUGAGUUUGUCAAAGGGCGUGGAAGACUUUAAGGAGAAAGCCUUUAUGGUAUCUAAGCCUACAAGGUACAUCAUGUCCAAACAAGAGAAGGCUAAGUCAGAGUCUCCAAUUUCGACGAGAUUUAAUGGAAGCGCCACCGAUUACGUUAACACCAAGGAUUUGCCUGGAUCCAAGCUACUGAAGACCUUCAGAGACGCCACGUUCAUCUUUGAAAUCAUUCCCACCGGAGGGGUUGGCAAGUGGUCAACAAUUUUUUCCUUUGAGAACUGCGGAGGACUGGUGUGCUCUAUUGACAAUCAGGGUGAGCUGGUGCUCCAGGAGAAGUGUAAGCCUGAUUUGGUGAAAACGUCCUACUUUCCAAUCGUUGGAAAGAGGGCGUACGUGGCAGUACUAUACUACGUACUGACCAAGGACCUUAGUGUCUUCGUGGAUGGAGCUCCCGUGGCCAACCAGCCCACCAACUUCGACCUCAACUUCGAGGGCGAUUUGAUACUCGGGAAACUCGCAGAGGCGGACAGCGACUAUUUUACUGGGCACAUACUGGGUUUCCAGGCGUUCGACUACGUGAUGUCCCCUGAGCAGAUACGGCAGCAGUACGCCUCCAGCCAGGCCAACGACGGCUUCACUUCUCAUCUGUCUAGCGUCAGGAUGACGACUGAGGGCAACGUGUGCCUGACCAAGUGCGUUAAGAAAUACACCGGCAAGUACGAGAAGUACUCGAACGUGACCAACCCCGCCAUUGCCCUUUCCUGUUCCGACACCAUUGAGUCCGAGAGUUUCAACGGCCCUACUGGUAAAAGCUUCCUGGUCUCCUGCACCAAGUCGUGCCUGAACUCCGAUGUGCCUCUGAAGGGUUCAAAGCUUUACACCUCAGACACUUCUAUUUGUAAAGCGGCUCUUCAUUCGGGCGUGAUACCUAAGGAGGGCGGGGAGGCCAUUUUAACGGUGCUUAGCGGCCUGGGCGAAUAUGGACAGUGCCACGGCCACUAUGGCAUCACGAGUCAAAAAUCAAACAUCGCAUUCAUGAGAUCGUUUACGCUUCACCGGGCGCCCAAACUGAUGCAUCUUUCGUGCCAAGAUACUGCCGUUUUCGUGCUCAAAAUGCAUCCUGGAACUCGGGUUCUGCUUGAAUGUCCUCCGGGGUGCCUCGAUAUGAAACCGCCGAACGUCUUUGGCACCGAUUCAUACAGUCCAAUGUCGUCGCUUUGUCAAGCCGCAAUACACUCUGGAAAGCUCGACAACGAGGGCGGUGAGGUGGAGAUAGAGGUCGAUGGCAAGAAAAACAGUUUCGAUUCGAGUGAAUCCAACGGAAUAUUAUCGCAAUCGAGUGGCCAGUAUUUAAAAAGCUUCAAGGUGCUAAAGGUGCGGAAAAAGAUAGGCUGA